AUGGCAGAGCUAGAGUAUCAAACUAAAACAAGUAAUGGAGGCUUGAAGCUCUUUGGUUUUAACGUAACGGAAGAAGAAGAGGUAGAAUCCACCAAAAGACGAUCAGUGUCGUCGGAGUCUGGCGCUUUUCCGACGCCCGAUGGCCGGAAAUACGAGUGCCAGUACUGUUGCCGGGAGUUUGCUAAUUCACAGGCCUUAGGUGGCCAUCAAAACGCCCACAAGAAAGAGAGGCAACAAUUGAAACGUGCACAAAUGCAAGCAAACAGAAACGCAUCCGUGUCUUAUAUGAGAAAUCCUAUAGUCUCCGCCUUUGCUCCGCCGCCUCAUCUACUUCCUCCGACGGGUCAUGUGGUUCUUCCCGCGGCGGUACAGCAAUCUCCGUCGUGGGUUUACGUUCCACGUGCCGCACCUCCCUUCCAUGUGUCGCACGGGCGUGUGUUUCCCGCAUCUACGACUGGGAGGGGUAUAGGGAACUUAUCGUAUGCCAGCAGUGCAGCGGAGUCCAGCUUGACAAGUGUUACGGGCCAACCCGUUAAAGCCCACAGUGGGAAGCUAGAUGGACCUUCAUUAAGUAGAUUCUCUAGACCCGAUGGUGGGUCCUAUUUCGAUGAUACAUUUGGGCUUGAUUUGCAGCUCAGCCUCGCACCAGCCGAGACUUAG